UCAACGAGACUGAGGGAAGUUAUCGAGGAAAGGUCAUAAAAAAACUAACUGGAUUGCAGCAUUAGUCAUCUUCACUGACGUCACAUGAUUGAAUACAGGAAUGAUUUUUUAUGUGUAGAUUUUAAUGUUUUAAACUGACUGUCCAAGUCCAAGACUGACUAUGAAAAUAUAAAAUAUUUAAAAAUAUACAAAAAAUAUUAAUUAGUUUAGAAUAAUGAUAUAAACAAAUAUAUAGGCUACACAAUAAAAAUGAUAAGCAUAUUACUUUAUACUGUUAAUUUCAGAACUAAAGAUGGAGCAGAAAACUGAUGAUGGUCAGCUUCACACAUAUGACCUGCAGCACACUGAUGUGAACAUGACAGAAGAACAUGGAGAUGAACAUCUUAUGAUUACUGUUCGGUUGAAUCAAAAUGAAGCAAUAUCAGACUUCUACAAAACUAGGGUAUUUAUUAAACAAAGGAUCAGAACACCAACCAAACACACAAAGCAAACAAUAGAACAGACAAUGGAGUGCAGGGAAGUGAGUCCAUGUAAAGGGUGUGCAGAUGAUCAGGAGCAGGUGCAGAACAAAAGAUGAAGCAGAAAACUGAUAGGCACAAUGCAGAUGACCUGCAGACAAAAGAAGAACACCAAGAUAAACAUCCUAUGAUUACUGGAAAAAAAUAUUUCAUCCUUCUUUCUGGGAAGACAUCCAAACUUCAAGAGGACAUCAUAAGAAAUGUUCUUCAACAAACACCAGAUCUAGAGGAGGUGUUCACUGUAGCGGAGUGUGAUUUCAUUCUGGCUUUCUGCAUUAUUGUUUCAAGGGCAGGAACUGACAUUGAUGCUGCAGUGAAUGAACUUAAUGCCGUCUCAGAGACUAAACCAGCUGUCUUCAUGGUGCUUCAUCACACAUUUGAGCCAGAGAAGAUGGCACCAGACAGCAGCAGUCAUGUGACCAGGAUGAACACACUCACAGUGGACUGUCUGUUCUACGAGGACAAAUUCCUGGACUGUGUUAGGAAUCGUGAAGCUCUGGACAGAAUUAAACAAUGUUUUCCUCGACAGGAUACACAAACAAAGAAAGGAAAAACCGAUGGUUGGCUUCACAUAAAUGACCAGCAGCACACUGAUGUGAACAUGACAGAAGAACAUGGAGAUGAACGUCCUAUGAUUACUGGAAAAAAAUAUUUCAUCCUUUUACCUGGGAAGACAUCCAAACCUCAAGAGGACAUCAUAAGAAAUGUUCUUCAACAAACACCAGAUCUAGAGGAGGUGUUCACUGUAGCAGAGUGUGAUUUCAUUCUGGUUUUCUGCAUUAUUGUUUCAAGGGCAGGAACUGACAUUGAUGCUGCAGUGAAUGAACUUAAUGCCGUCUCAGAGACUAAACCAGCUGUCUUCAUGGUGCUUCAUCACACAUUUGAGCCAGAGAAGAUGGUACCAGACAGCAGCAGUCAUGUGACCAGGAUGAACACACUCACAGUGGACUGUCUGUUCUACGAGGACAAAUUCCUGGACUGUGUUAGGAAUCGUGAAGCUCUGGACAGAAUUAAACAAUGUUUUCCUCGACAGUACUGGGAGUCGUCGUUGUUCAGCAGAUUUUCUUCACCAAUAACUUCACAAUACCUAAAUUAUGCUGUAAAUCUACUUGAUCCAGCAGUCCAGAUGUGUCACUCUUUUCUGGGAGUAAUGUCUCAAAUAUCUACCAAACUAAACUCUGAACAGAACACUGAUGUGAAGAUGACAGAUGAACACAGAGAUGAACAUCCUAUGAUUACUGGAAAAAAAUAUUUCAUCCUUUUACCUGGGAAGACAUCCAAACCUCAAGAGGACAUCAUAAGAAAUGUUCUUCAACAUACACCAGAUCUAGAGGAGGUGUUCACUGUAGCAGAGUGUGAUUUCAUUCUGGUUUUCUGCAUUAUUGUUUCAAGGGCAGGAACUGACAUUGAUGCUGCAGUGAAUGAACUUAAUGCCGUCUCAGAGACUAAACCAGCUGUCUUCAUGGUGCUUCAUCACACAUUUGACACAGAGAAGAUGGUACCAGACAGCAGCAGUCAUGUGACCAGGAUGAAGACACUCACAGUGGACUGUCUGUUCUACGAGGACAAAUUCCUGGACUGUGUUAGGAAUCGUGAAGCUCUGGACAGAAUUAAACAAUGUUUUCCUCGACAGUACUGGAUGGAUUCAUUUACAAAAUCUAUGUCUAAGGAUACACAAACAAAGAAAAGAAAAACCGAACUAAACAUGGAGCAGAAAACUGACAAUGGUAGGUGCAACGCAGAUGACCAGCAGCACACUGAUGUGAACAUGACAGAAGAACACAGAGAUGAACAUCCUAUGAUUACUGGAAAAAAAUAUUUCAUCCUUUUACCUGGGAAGACAUCCAAACCUCAAGAGGACAUCAUAAGAAAUGUUCUUCAACAAACACCAGAUCUAGAGGAGGUGUUCACUGUAGCAGAGUGUGAUUUCAUUCUGGUUUUCUGCAUUAUUGUUUCAAGGCCACAACCUGACGUUGAUGCUGCAGUGAAUGAACUUAAUGCCAUCUCAGAGACUAAACCAGCUGUCUUCAUGGUGCUUCAUCACACAUUUGACACCGAGAAGAUGGUACCAGACAGCAGCAGUCAUGUGACCAGGAUGAACACACUCACAGUGGACUGUCUGUUCUACAAGGACAAAUUCCUGGACUGUGUUAGGAAUCGUGAAGCUCUGGACAGAAUUAAACAAUGUUUUCCUCUACAGUACUGGGAGUCGUCGUUGUUCAGCAGAUUUUCUUCACAAAUACCUUCACAAUACCUAAAUUAUGCUGCAACUCUACUUGAUCCAGCAGUCCAGGCGUAUCACUCUUUUCUGGGAGUAAUUUCUCAAAUAUCUACCAAACUAAACAUGGAGCAGAAAACUGAUGAUGGUUGGCUUCACAUAAAUGACCAGCAGCACACUGAUGUGAACAUGACAGAAGAACACAGAGAUGAACGUCCUAUGAUUAGUGGAAGAAAAUAUUUCAUCCUUUUACCUGGGAAGACAUCCAAACCUCAAGAGGACAUCAUAAGAAAUGUUCUUCAACAAACACCAGAUCUAGAGGAGGUGUUCACUGUAGCAGAGUGUGAUUUCAUUCUGGUUUUCUGCAUUAUUGUUUCAAGGCCACAACCUGACAUUGAUGCUGCAGUGAAUGAACUUAAUGCCGUCUCAGAGACUAAACCAGCUGUCUUCAUGGUGCUUCAUCACACAUUUGACACCGAGAAGAUGGUACCAGACAGCAGCAGUCAUGUGACCAGGAUGAAGACACUCACAGUGGACUGUCUGUUCUACGAGGACAAAUUCCUGGACUGUGUUAGGAAUCGUGAAGCUCUGGACAGAAUUAAACAAUGUUUUCCUCGACAGCACUGGAUGGAUUCAUUUACAAAAUCUAUGUUUAAGGAUACACGAACAAAGAAAAGAAAAACUAAAGAAUCUCCCGAUAUCCUCCUGGGACCCAGAAAAAAAAAAGGUGAGACGGAUCGUCAAUCGACAUCAACUGAAAAAUCAAAGUUUUCGUCCAAAUGUAAUUUACUUUAAGAAAGCAACCUUAUUGUUGUUGUUUUAUUUUCUUUGUUUUUUGUUUAAUUUUAUAAUAAUUUAUAAUCAUUAGUCAUUUACAUAGUUAUCAUUCAUUUGUUCAUAUUAUUAUUGUUAUUAUUUGAUAUACAUAAUUGAUCAUUUAUUCAUAUUAUUCAUUUACAUCAUUUAAUCAGGUUUUGUUCUAUUUACAACAAUCUGGUGUAAUGACAAGCACACAGUAAUUACUAUUUGGUGAUAAGUAUCAUGCCAUGAUACUUAU